AUGUUUGCCAGGAGGAGAGGCAUGGGGCGGCAUGAUGUGACGCUGAUCUGCCUGCAGAUUUUAUGUUUGCAGUGCCUCUACUAUGCGAUGCUGGGGGUCUGGUUCAUUGGAGGGCACAUUGUUUUUGGGAUCACAUUACAUUUGGACCGUUUUUUCGACACGCACACGUCGUUGGAUGUCCAAAGCAUGUCGGCGGCCUUUGAAUUGGCGGGCGUCCUCGGGGCUGGCAUGGGCGCGGCCUAUUUGUUGGCGGUGGUCGUGGAGAAGGCAAGAAAGUGCCUCGACUUCGCGGUCUGACUCGGCGUCUGUUUCUGACCUUUUCUGAACUUCAAGUUCGCGUCGAUGGCGUCAACGCGACGCGAUGCCACCGUGACGCCGUCGACGUGGCCGUCAGAGCGUCUACGCGUCUCGUGAAUGUGCAGAAGUGGUUUCGUGACGACGUCGUUCAACGCAGGUGACGUUGUAUGGGACCCACUUGUUACUCUCGCUGUGCUACUCUCGAAGUUUCCCGCGCUGGACGUGGUGGCUCUGCCACGGCUGCGCGUUGGUGGUUGCCGUCGUCUGCGGCGAGUUCCUCUGCGCGCGGAACGAGUUGAAGGAGAUCCCUCUGGCAGUUGUGCCCGGGGAACGGACGCCUAAGGCCGAGAGAUAGGACUAGCGGGCGGGACCCCGGGGGGGAGACACCGCGCGUCGCCGAUUCAUCGGCCGUGCCGCAAGUCUUGCCGCGUUCUAAAGGCUUAAGUCGACGGGAUAUGUGCAAACAAUUACAUACUAGUA